AGAGCAAAUUUGAUGUUUUUACUUUAUCACAUUGAAUUGACAGUUUAUCAUGGUUGAGAAUGAGAAUAUUUUGCAAUUGUAGUUAACAUUUUCAUGUGUAAUUAUACACAGUUGCAUAGAGAAAUAUAUACAAGAGGUGCAUCUCUUUAAAAAAAAGUUCUAGACAUUAUGUUGAAAUAUAUUUUCCUCGUUGUGAUAAUCAUCUUGACAACCCGCUUGUCACAAUCAAAUGCGCAAUAUGAUGAUAAAAGAUGCAAAUGUAUUUGCCCAAGUCUCUCAUCCGUCAUCAAUACAACUCAAACCUCUAUGGAACGUUUGACAUAUAUAAUCAAUGUUCCACCAUUACAAUGCAAGUGCGAAAGUGUUGUUUUGCCAAAGCUUGGAGACCAAAUAAAGGGCAAGGAAGAAAUAUUUUGUCCACGGUGUGACUGUAAAUAUGAAAACAGAAAUACAACUAUUAUCAAGAUUGUGGUAAUAAUAGUUAUAUGGGUUAUAUCGUUAUUAGUAAUUUACAUGUUGUUUUUAAUUUGUUUGGAUCCAUUACUCAACAAACGGAUACAUAAAGCUUCAGCAAAUAUUGGUUAUCAUGAACAUAAUAAUGAAGAGGAUGACUCGUCCAUUGCACCUGGGACAUCUCACCCAAUGGGAGAAAGAGGCAAUGUCUUGAAUCGUGUUGGACAUCAGCAAGAUAAAUGGAAACGACAAGUCCGUGAGCAGAGGCGAAAUAUUUAUGAUCGUCAUACUAUGCUAAAUUGAAUCAUGCAUUUUGUGCUUGAAGAAUGUUAUUAAGUAUUUAAAGAAAGACAAAACUUUCAACUGUGACUAUGAUAUGUUCAUUGUUUUUUUAAAGUAGAUUCUUUGCAGGUAUUGUACAUAUAUAUCAAUAAAUAUAUC